UUCUUUCAGUAGUGUAUUUGGCUGUCAUUGGGCUCUGCCAGAAGCGAGAGAGACAGGGGAAAAAAAGAAGCAAAUAUAUAUCGCGAAGGGUAACACACAAGUCGGUUUGCAAUUUCGGAAGGAAGGUGCACAAAUAGAUAAAUGAAUUAAGUGUUUGUGAUUGAUUGAACGCACCCCGGGGUACUAACGAUUCGAUAGUGCGUGAGCGGCGGCCGGCGAAACAAUCGGCGGAUACGGAGCUACUAGGAACACUAGGAACCUGAGCCUGAGAAAUCCACAAAUCCUUCCGCAGAGUUGCCUUUCUUCCUGCGUUCGGCGGCGAAUGGCAGAAUAGCGAGCAUCCAUCAGAAGAAAAAAAAACUUGUGUGUGAUUAGAGCCAGAAGUAAGAGGGAGAAAAAUUGGAGAAGCUUAAUUGUAAUUGCUGGAGCCCGUGGUUACGUGUUCGCACGAUCGAUUCUUCCUCUAGCGGUGCAGUGCCUCCCGUCGUGUUAAUUAGUUAGCACUAUGAAUAAUGGUCCUCCAUCGUCCGGGCGGGGACGGGGCGGAAAGCGCCAGCAGCAGUCCCUUUACAGUCCCGGCAGUGGACCGCUGCGGAAAUCGGAAAACUCCGGCAGUAAUCGUUCGCUGAACUCGAUCGGAGAUGGUGGUCCUCCUUCCUCGCGGGAUCGUGAUCGCGACCGGGACCGCGACUGGGGCAACUCCGAUGGGUGGCGUUCGGUUAACAAGAAAACGAAUAACAAAAAGCACGAUUACUACGAUCAGCGUCGGAAUGAGCCGCCAAACUUCCGCCAGGCUUCCGAGCCGCGGGUACUGUCCACAAAUCCUCCCAAUGUGAGCUACAGUCGGCCUCAGGACCGAUUGCGCAACGAACGGGACACCCGCAGCCUGGAACCCAGCUUUGGAGGGGGUCGUGGUGGAAGUUCGAAAAAACCUCCGUUGCCUUUGAACAUUGAGAGUUUGCCGCCUCGGUUGCAGCGCAAGCUUCUCCAGGAUCAUGGCCUGCCACCGGAUUACUUGGAAAACUUGCGCAACGAGCAGAACAAUGCCCAUCCGCCCCAGAGCUGGUCCCACACGCUUCCGAUGUCACCGAGGUCGCGACAGGGGAUGAGAGGCGGAGGUGGCGGCGGCCGGAAUCGAUUCUCAGGAAAUUAUCAACCGUGCAAUUAUCAGCCGGAUUAUCGCGCGAGGACACCUGUGGACUAUCAGAGGCCACGCAGUCGCUCGUCGGAUGUUGCCGGGGAGCAGGACGAUUACGAAAGGCCUCCGAGGCCGAACAGUCGGAACUCGAGUGGUGAUAAGAACGAGCGGUGGAAUAGUUAUGGUGGUCAUCGCGAGAGGGGAGCGGGAUUUGAGGAGCCUCCGCUACCACCGCAUGGGGCUGGCGGAGGCGGCUUCCGAGUGGAACGCAAUCGGAAUGAUGAGGACGAAGGCAGAAAAUCUGCCGGAAAAUUUGAUUGGGCUGACGAUGUUGAGCGGGAGGCUUUGCAAGAGAAGACUGCCAAUAGCAUUAGCAACAGCGUUAGUAAUAGUAACAAUAUCAACAACAAUAACACCAACAAUAGGAACAAUAGAAGGCGAAAUCGGAGAAGCGGAAAUCGAAAGAAACUGAAAGGACCGAACAACUCUCGCUCGAGCAACGAUUACUACGACGAGGGUGGCUUCAAGAUGCCAUACGCUCCGAAGGGAGGUAUGGUUGGUGGCGGUGGUAGCAGCGGACGCAGCCGUCGGAACUCCCAGUCGUCCAAUCUGAGCCGCGAGAAUAGCAUGGACCGGACGGCGUUUGGCGGAGGUGAUCGCCGUGCGCGCGGUGGAAGUUUCUACAACAAUCGUGAGAAUAGUCAGGAUAGGUUUUAUGAUCGAGGUGGUGGCGGCGGUGGCGGGUAUAGCCACCGCAAGAAGACCACUGCGGGGGGUGAUUGGUUCGGGGGUAGCAGAGACAACAGCAUUGAUCGGGGGGCUGGUGGAGCCAACUGGCAGCGAAACGAACCGGGCAAUUGGCGGGGGACAAAUGACAAUAGUGGCGCGGAGAAACCGACGGAUGUUACGAUAGCGGAAAUGACGAAGCAAUUUGAGGAGCAGGUUAGAAUCCAGAAGGGUCCGGGAGUGUUGGUGCUUCCGCCGAAGGUUCCACCGCCACUAGGUGGUGGAAUACGGGAAGAACACCCGUCAGAGGCAGAUCAACAGGCCGCUAACUCUCGCUUGCUAUUUGAUCCGAAGAACCCCAACAAACCAAUCGUAGUGAAACAGACGCUAACGCGCAAUUACAAUCCUCCGGCGAAUUUGAACGCGCUAACGAAUGCCUCCGGAAUUGGAAGCAAUGAAGGUAAGCGUACGGCGGGGGGUAGCUCGCAGGGUGCUCAUACCCGUCCCCCCUGGUACGACACCAGUGCUCCCCAGGCCCAUCUACUACGCAACAAGGAAAUGGUUCGCCAACUUGAAGCGGCCGACAACCGUCUCCAGGAAUUGCUUCUUAGUGGGAACCUGUUCCGCGAGUGGGAUUUGUACGUUCAGAUACGAUCCGAUAUGCAGAAGCUGCUGGAAGCGUUUCUUCUGUCGGAGAUGCGCUUCUCUCAGGACGUUAACCUUGAGCACCACUUCUGGAAGCUCCUUUACUACAACAUCAUCGAACAGAUCAGGAAACUUCUGGCCGAAGACAGCGACCAAAACAAUCUCGCAUACUAUCGCGAGAUGGCUCUCGAAAUAAUCGAGAACGGAACCCAGUACUUCGAGCAUCUGCUGACCCUGCUGGAGAAGCAGUUCUGCUUCAGUUUGGAGAGCUUCAUCGGGCUGAACGCUGCCACCAACACGAAGGGCGUCAAGUGUGGACUGGCGCUCGUCUCGGCCCAGAAAGUGUUCCUAUUUCUGGGGGAUUUGGCUCGCUACCGGGAGCAGAUCAACGAGUCGAACAACUUCCGCCGGGCGAAGCAGUGGUACGUGAAGGCGCAGCAGAUUCUGCCCAAGAACGGGAGACCGUACAACCAGUUGGCGCUGCUGUCGGUUUAUGCGAAACGCAAAAUAGACGCCGUGUAUUUCUAUAUGCGCAGCUUGAUGUCCUCCAAUCCGUUCGAGUCGGCCCGGGAGAGUCUGAUGGAUUUGUUCAAUGAAACGAAGAAGAAGUACGAGAGCAGCCAGCGCAAGCGGGAGGAAAAGAUCCGUGCGCGGCUCAAAGAGAAGGAGCACCGCUUCGAUGGCCACCUGCGGCGCGAGACGUGGAUCCAUCCGGAGGGUGGCUCGCGGGUCCACCGGACCGCUCCGCUGGAUCCGCUCGCGGGCCAAUCGGCGGCGGACACCAGCGAGGAGGAAGAGGAAGAGCUGCGUCAGCUGGAUUCGAUCGAGCUGAACAAGCGCUUCAUCGUGAGCUUCCUGCACGUGUUGGGCAAACUGAUCACCAAGACGGGGAUGGAAUCGUUCUCGCCGUGUGCGAUCCAGAUGCUGCGCGAGUUCCGGGCCCUGAUCCAGCACUCGCCCAUCGCGGUCACCUCGCAUCGGCUGCUGCAGCUGAUGUCGCUGAAUAUGUUCUCCAUCGAGAUCACCAAGCUGAAAGACGAAACAAUCGCUCCCGGUGCUCGGUCCGAAGUGCAAGAAUGUGCACUCUCGAUCGGGCUGCUCAUGUUCGGCAUCAUCCUGGAACGGUUCGUUCACAUGAUACAGGGUGCCUCGGAAGGGCUCACUGCCAGGAACAACAACAACAAUGACACUAGGAAAAAUAACAACAACAAUAAUGAUGACACGAAUGAGUCACUGCUCCGAGAGAUCGCCACCAAGCAGAGCGUGAUCGCGGACAACCUCAAGGAGCUGAGUGCUGUGUCCACGGCCAAGCCAUCGCCACAGUCCAAGACAACAAAGAACCUAAGGAUAAAUGAUGGGUCAGACCACACCUUGGCCGCAGCCUCCCCUGGGAACAGUAUUGACGGCACCAACAAGGUUGAAUCGACAGCCACUGCUGCCGGGGCGGAGAACCGCCAGAAGCUCGUCCUGCCGGAGGAUGCCAAGGCGAUACUUCCCGCGAUUAAGGUGUGGUGCGAUUGGAUGCUUUAUCACACGAGCACGUGGAAUCCGCCGCCGUUCUGUACAGACUACAAAAUAGGUGCUUCCACCGGACACGACCCCUGGUCUGGACUGUCCAACCUCAUGACGCUGCUGGCCCGGCUGGACACCAACAAGGAGAUUCUUUCAGUGGUUUCAGAGGCAGACUUUGAAGUGGUUCGACUGCAGGAGGAUAUCACCCUGGCGGGCUUCACCCCGCUGAUGUACGAUGUCCCCGAGCCGAUCUUCACCCACAAGGACCGCGAUAUGGAGGAAGCCCAGAAUGCACUUCGGAUGCAGAAACUCAUCUUCUUCGGUACGGGCUAUCUGUGCAAGUGUGAUCCACCCGUGCUGAGGAAGGUGGCGACGCAGGCAGGAGCCGAAGAAUAUCUGAGCAUCGUACAAAACCGGAUGGAGGGGUCGAGUGACUCGGAGAUCCUUUUGGAAAGUUUCAGCGAAGACGAAAGCGAAAGCCAGCAGCAGCCAAUGGGGAGCAAAGACCAAGAGAAGACUGCAGCCAAAAGUAACCACGAGCAGCAGAAGAAGAAACAGACACACAACGAAGAAGAGGGGAAGAGAAACAAUAACUACAACUCCACUUCUAAGAGCAAACGGCGAGGCAAUAAUCAAAGUAACAAUAACAACAACAACAAUACUAAUAGUAACAGCGGUGGCAAUAACAAUAGUUGCAGUAAUAAUAAUAAUAAUAAUAAUAAUAACACGAACACCAGCAAUAACAACAACAACAAAAGUGAUAGUGUCACAUCGAAGGAGGCUAAGAGCGAUCCGGAGACUCGCAAGUUGCUCCGCCGGAAAGACGAAUUGGAGCGCAAGCAGAAGAUGCAGGAAAAAUACACCCAGCGAUUGCAUGACAUCCUCUCGCAAAGCACGAUCGCGCUGCACAUUGAGGUCCGUCCGCGAUAUCUGGUGCCGGAUACCAACUGCUUCGUGGACUAUCUGCGAGACAUCGAAAGUAUCGCCAAGGCGCACCCCCUCUACCAACUGAUGGUUCCUAUUGUUGUUAUCAACGAGCUGGAAGGUCUCUCGAAGGGAAUCAAACUGGACCUGGCCACCGGGCCGACCAGCAUCAUCACGUCCAAGCUAACAUCCAGCGUGUCGGUGCUUCCGGUCAGGCCACCAACGUCAUCAUCCGUCGAUCGACGCUACGAUCCGCAGCACGCAGAAAUGGUGGCGGUCGCUUCCAAACAGGCUCUGCGUUUUAUCAAACAGAAGAAUCCCGCCCUGAAGUGCGUGACCACUAAAGGUACGAUACUGAAAACGUCCACAUUCACCUCCGAGGAUGACGUCGGCGAGCAAAAGUCCAACGACGAUCGGAUUCUGGAAACUGCCUUAAACCUAUGCCGUAAUCACACCGAAAAGAAACGAGAGGAAGUCCGCUACCUAAUCCGGGAGGUCGUCCUGCUGACCACCGACCGCAAUCUCCGCGUGAAGGCUCUAUCGAAGGAUCUGCCCGUCCGGGAGCUGCCGGACUUUAUCAAAUGGGCCGGCCUAGGGCCGGUCGAGUCGUAAACACGCCGCGCCACGCCAUCUGUGUGUACGUGCUUGCCUGCGUACGUUAUGUGUGUAUGUGUGAGUGCAUGCGCAUAUUGAAAGUUAUACAAAAAAAAACAGUUAUAUAUCUCUCUCUCGUUCAGUCGUUCGUUCGAUUUUUAUACAAAAGCAAAGCAAAUACUGUUUGAAGAAGGCUCCCUUUUUACUAUUAGCGAUUUUAACCCCGACUGCGGCGCGAAACGCCGCUCGUUUUGAGCCGUUUCUUAAACUAUUUCUUUUUUUUAAAACCCAAGAAACUUAGUAACUUUUUAUUGUUUACUCUCAGCUGGAAAGUAUAAAUUAUUGCAAAUAAUUAAUCCUGACUAAAGCAAAUUUAUUUGUUCGUUGAUUUUGAUAGUGGAAGAAAAACAAUAUACGUUCUUUUUGACUGUUGUAGUUGUAAAUAUAUGAAAUAUAUAUAUUUGGAGAUGUGUUUCCUCCGGUUUCUCGUUUCGUCCGCGUGAGAGUUGCGCGAUUAGGUGCGCGGAAGGAACCUCAAGAUGUGUAUAUCUCGGUGCGGAGAGCCGCUUUUAUCUAGAUGAAUGACACGUGACGUGACGUGAUGGAGCAGGAGUUAGGACUCAUUUUUUCGGUAUCUCUCCUCUAACAAAAUGUUAUUUGAAGAGUCUGCUGAGGUAGAACGGAUCAAGGGAAGACAAAAGUUAUUAAGCCAACGUUGUUAGAUCAGACUCUAUAUAGACUCUUCAGCAAGAGAAAGAAAACAAUUUACACUCAAACCAGGAGAAAGAGAAAGAAAGAAGCAGAGUGCUAGAUAAAAACAAAAACAACGCGUAGUUUAAAUGAGACGAUUUUAUGCUCGAUUAGGAAAUGAUCAACAGAACUAAUAAAAAAAAUAUUUUU